CCCCACCCCCAUCCCGGCGCGCGCACACACCACCCUCAUGAUAAAUUCGCACUAACCAAAGUCCCACCGAUCCGCUUCCAGAGACACGAAAACUGAUCCAUAAAUCAUGAGUGUGUUUAUGUUUUUCCUAAUUCUGGCGUUUUUCAGCGAUGCCGUUCAAGUGCACCGUAGUGCGCUGAAUGAUUUCCAGCGUUCUGAGGGAAGAGAGCUGGUACCGUUUAAAACUGGCCAUGUCCCUUCGCUUCCCGGCAUCACACUGGAGGAGUGUGCCAGACGCUGCUCAGAGAGUCUCGACUGCAGGGCUUUCAACUAUGUUUUUCGUCCAUCUCUAAUGUGUAAGCACUUGCCCUGGGUGGGCAACACGGACAAAGCAGAGGUAAAGAGGAACGUCAACUGUGACCUGUAUGAGAUGAAAGUUUAUGUCAGGAAGUGCAUUAUUGGUAAUGGCGAGGACUAUCGGGGAGACGUAUCUAAGACCAAGACUGGGCGGACGUGUCAACAAUGGUGGUCAAAGUUUCCUCAUGAUCACAGAUACACUCCUUCUUCCUCUAAUGGCCUGGAGCUAAAUUACUGUCGUAAUCCAGAUGGGGACAACAUUGGACCCUGGUGCUACACCACAGACCCUGAGCGCAGAUACGAGAGUUGUAAUAUCCCCCAGUGUAAAGACGAGGUGUGUAUCACCUGUAACGGAGAGGACUACAGGGGUCAGGUUGAUCGCACAGUGAGUGGAAAAGAAUGCCAGAGAUGGGACCAGCAAUAUCCACAUCAACACAUCUAUCAACCAGAAAAAUACCCUGAUAAGAGCCUGGAUGAUAAUUACUGCCGGAACCCUGACGCCUCCCCCGUGCCCUGGUGUUACACCACUGACCCGGAGGUGGAGAGAGAGCGCUGUGACAUCCGCAAGUGCUCGGAGACUCCGAAGCGGCGUUCUCGCUCCAGCUACACGACGAACUGUUUCCGAGGCCGUGGGGAGGAUUACAGAGGCAAAGUGAACGAGACGACUUCAGGCAUCCCGUGUCAGCGCUGGGACGCACAGUCCCCCCAUGAGCACCCAUUUUACCCCCACACUUAUGAGUGCAAGGGACUGGAAGAGAACUACUGUCGUAAUCCAGAUGGUUCUGAGGCUCCCUGGUGCUUCACAUCAAGGCCUGAGAUGAGGACGGCCCUCUGUCUACAGAUCAAACGCUGUGCUGAUGACAUUGAGGCUGAAGAUUGCUAUAACGGAAAUGGAAAAAACUACAGAGGUACUGUCCGCAAAACUCGGAAGGGCAUCCUCUGUCAGAACUGGAGUGUAAAUACACCACAUAAAACUAAGAUUAACCCAAAGACACACCCAGAGGCCAACCUGACAGAGAACUACUGCAGGAACCCAGACGGAGAUCUGCACGGACCCUGGUGCUACACUGCCGACCCCAAAACUGAAUUUGAUUACUGUGCAAUCAAGCAGUGUGCAGGGGAGGAUCCACCUAUCAUAAUGCCACCAGAGCCUGUAGAGUUUAAUGAAUGUGGGAAGCGUGAUGACCGUAUGUUGAGAAGUAAGCUGAGGAUUGUUGGUGGCACACCAGGAAAUUCUCCAUGGACAGUCAGCCUAAGAGACAGGAAAGGAAAGCAUUUUUGUGGAGGGUCACUGGUGAACUCAAAAUGGGUGAUCAGCACUAAGCAGUGCUUCUCCUCAUGCAGUUAUGUGGACCUCACAGGGUAUGCUGCGAUCAUGGGCACCGUGUACCGGGAUCCAAAGGAAGGAGAACCUGGCACACAGUCUAUUGCUCUAAACAAAAUCGUUUGCGGGCCUUCGGAGUCACAUCUAGUCCUGCUACAGCUAGAAACUCCUGCAGAGUUUAAUGAGCGUGUGUCACAAAUAUGUCUUCCCCCUGAGCGCUACAUUGUUCCAGAGGGAACCACCUGUGAGAUUGCUGGUUGGGGGGAGACCAAAGGAACGGGGGAUGAAACAGUGCUGAAUGUUGCUCAGAUGCGAGUGCAGAGCAACAGCGAAUGUAACAAAUACUUCAAAGGGCGUGUGAAGCAGAAUGAAAUGUGUACUACAUCUUUUUUUGGUGGAGUAGGGGCUUGUGAGAAAGACUAUGGAGGCCCUCUGGCAUGUCAGAACAGUGACUGCUGGGUCUUAGAGGGAGUCAUUAUCCCUAUGCGUCGCUGCGGGCACCCAGGACAACCCAACAUCUUUAUCCGUGUAUCGAUGUACGUAGACUGGAUCAAGAAGGUCAUGGAGAUGGCAUAGCUGGCAGAAAUCACUCACCCUGUAUAACAAUUUAUUCAAUUUAAGCAUUUGCAGAUAGCAGGGGAAAGAUAUCAGAUCUUUGCUCAAGUCAAAUCAAUUCUAGAUUGUUAUUCAUUACAAAUGAAUGUAAGUAGAGUAAUCUUCAGCAAGAAUAAAUGACUAGAGGAGGAUUAAAUGACUGCUGUACAAGUUAUACUUAAGUUUAUGUUUUAUAAAAUAAGCUUAUGAAUGUACUUAUAUACAGUGCCCUCCCAAAGUAUUGGAACAGCAAGGCCAAUUCUUUAUUUUUGCUAUACACUGAAGUCAUUUGGAUUUGAGGUCAAAAGAUGAAUAUGAGAGGAUAGAUCAGAUUUUCAGCUUUCAUUUCCUGAUAUUUACAUCUAGAUGUUCUGCUACCUUUGGUGGCAGACUACACAAUUUUUAGGUGAGCAAAAAUAUUGGAACAGAUCGUCUUAAAGUAAAUAACAUUAAUAUUUGGUUUAUAGCAAUAACUGCAUCAAGGCGACCCACUGAUAUCACCAAACUGUUGCAUUCUUCUAUUGUGAUGCUUUUCCAGGUUUGUGCUGCAGCUUCUUUCAGUUGUUGUUUGUUUUGGGUGGUUUUUCCCUUCAGUCUCCUUGUCUUACUGCAUGAUGAAAUUCCUCCCUAUUAGAUUGGAUGCAUUUCUCUGUAAAUUGGCAGACAGAAUGCUUCUGUAGACUUCUGAAUUCAUUCUGCUGCUACCAUCAUGAGUUACAUCAUCAAUAAAGAUUAGUGAGCCCAUUCCAGAAGCAGCCAUGCAAGCCCAAGCCAUGACACUACCUCCACCGUGCUUGACUGGUGAGCUUGUAUGUUUUGGAUCAUGAACAGCUCCUUUCCUUCUCCACACUUUGGCCUUUCCAUCACUUUGGUAGAGGUCAAUCUUGGUUCCAGAAUCGCUCAUCUCUGUAUUUCUUUUGCGAAUUCCAAUCUGGCCUUUAUGAUUCUUACAGGUGAUGAGUGGUUUGCAUCUUGUGGUAUGGCCUCUGUAUUUCUACUCUCAAACAGUGGAUUGUGAUACCUUCACCCCUGCCCUUUGGAGUUUGUUGGUGAUGACACUGACUGUUAUUUUGGUGUUUCUGUCAUCAACUGCUGUUGUUUUCCUUGGCCAACCUGUUCAAUGUCUGAUUGUUAGUACACCAGUGGUUUCUUUCUUUUUCAGGAGAUUCCAUAUUGUUGUAUUGGCUAUGCCUAAUGCUUGUGCAAUGGCUCUGAUCAAUUUUCCCUCUUUUCUCAGCUUCAGAAUGGCUUGCUUUUCUCCCAUAGACAGCUCUCUGGUCUUCGUGUUGGUUUAUCUUUUUUAACAAUAAAUGCAAUCUUCACAGGCGAAACCCAGGGCUCAAAUCAAGAGUAGACAUUCAGAGCUAUUAAUUGUUUAAACAAUCAAUCUAACAGGGCACACCUGGGCAACAGGAAACACCUAUCGGGCAUCAUGUUCCGAUACUGAUCACUUGAAAAUCAUAUGUAUCCAAUAUGAUCCAAUAUUGAUCACUUGAAAAAUGGGUGAGUUCAAACAAAUGGUGCCAUGUUAUAAGUUGUUUAACACAUCUAGAUAUAAAUAUCCAGAAAUGAAAGCUGAAAUUCUGAUAUAUUGUCUCAUAUUCAUCUUUUUGAAACCCAAAUAUCUUCAUUGUACAGCACAAACAAAAGAAUUGAUUAUGUCGUUCUAAUACUUUCGGAGGGGGCUGUAUAUGCUUAAGUCAUGCUUAUUUGCUUAUCUAAACAUACAUCUGUAAAGUAGAUUUUCACUUGCCAAAGCCUAUUUAUCCUUUAUUUGUUAACCUUUAAACAUAGUCCUGAGAAUAUCAGGAACACUUCACUUUGUAGCUUUUGUUGUGGCAACAACUGCAAAAGUCUCAAUAAAAGAGCUUCACUUUUCAA